GCAUGAGGAAGCCUCUUGGGGUCGUCUGUGAUGCAGCGUGGGCCCACCAGGGCACCAGGGUUCCCAUGCAAACGCAGCAAAGCAUAUUGUUCUAAGGGGUUCGCAUGUGAAAGGGCAGCGCUUUGGCUCAAGUCUGGUGUGCCUUCAGUCCGUUACCGAGGGAAGCACGUUGGUUCAUUGUCGUUGUUGCACGUGCGAUGGAUUGCGCGGAGAACGUGAUAUAUCCUUGCUUAGAAUUGCGCGCCAGUGCGACCGUAAGCGUGCUGGAUGCCAUAUCUGAAGAGGUUAUGCAGCAAUUGUGUUUGUGUCUGCCAGGGCGAGAGCUGAUUCGGUUUUCUGCAGCAGCGAGGCCGCUGAAGGAGCUGGUGUCAUCGUCUGAUGCGAUCUGGAAGCGUCUGGUCCGAGCUCUGCUGGGGGAGCCGUACUGCCACCUGCACGCGGCUCUCGCGGCAAAGGCAAAUCGGAUCACAGACACGGAGUUCUGGAGAACCCUGUUCAGACACGGCCAAGAGCUGCGUGUUGCCCGCUGGGCGCCCUCUCUGCGCUCCGCCUUCCUGGGCUGCUCUCCGGGUGCCCAGCCCGACGCGGAGGCCGCGGUGGAGGCAGCAAAGGAGCGAGCCAGCCAAGCAGUGGUUGGCAGCGGCCACUGCUCUGUGGGCAUUGGAAAUCGGGUUGUCAAAAUCGGAGGCCUGCGGCCAAGUUGUGACCUCGAGCACCUCCAUGCGGCAAUUUUCGACCUAACAGCCCUAACCAUUCACGAGCUGGAGCUCACGGAGGACAGUCAAAAACCAGAGCGCCGGCUACGGCAUGCAGCUUGUGAGAUCAGGCCAGCAGUCACCAAUUCGAGGCCUGCUGUCCUAGUGCUCGGCGGUUGUCAUGACCAGACGAAGCAGCCGUGCAAAGGGGGCUUGAAGUUGCUCCACAUUUUAGAGCUUUUCGACGACAAGCCCGCGCUCGGAAGGUGGCAUUCUCUCGAAGCGCAUGGCGAGGCUCCUGCGGCCAUCUGGCACCAUAUUUGUGGUGCGUUCGCAUCAGGAACUCGGGUCGUGGUAUCGGGGGGAGAUUUCCCGAGCAGUGACCCUGAAUUCGUGCACAUCACAAACCGAUCCGUGCCAGCUAGCUUUGUGUACUUACUCGAUGUCAUGGCUUUGAGCUGGGAGCGCGUUCAGACCACAGGACCUGCUCCAACCUGGCGCUCGCUGCACGCAGGCUUCACUCACGUUGACAUUUCCUCUCAUUCGGAACGCCUGGUCAUCCUGGGAGGCUGCGCUGAGCAUCUUCCAAUCUUCAGUAGCUCCGAUGACCUGGAGCACAUGAUCGGCCACGCCCUUGACCUCCGCAGUUUCCAGUGGCUGCCGCAGCCCCAGAACAGAGGGUCUUGGUCUCUUCCGCCCGCACGCCUCCGCCUUGCCUCGGAGAAGAUCGGCGAGUGGCUCCUCCUCUAUGGUGGGCGCAGCUCUGGGGAUGCGAUCAGAGAGCGCGCUCGCCUCUUCAAGCUGAACUUGAGGACGCUCGCGUGGGACGCCCUGGAGGUGCGUGGUCGGGAAGGCAGCCAUCCAGCCGCCCCUGCCGCCACGAUGAGCGCCGGGCUUGUCAUCUGGGGAACAGUUCACCGCAUUCGGCAUCCGGACGGUGCCAGGUUGGAUGUCUUGACCCUGUGGAGCCCAGACGGAGAGUCCGGGGCAGACGACGGACAAGAAGAGGAGCCAGAGAGCGAGGAAGAGGACGACAGCCCUCGCGAUGCAGUGUCCGUUCUAGUCAGGGACUCGCAGGGCAACGCGCGCCGUAUGGUGCUCUCCAGAACGAUGCUCCAGCUCUUGCUGGCUCGACAGGCUCGUGGUGGCCAGCCUGGUCAGAGCGACGACGAGGAUUGACUCGGAGGAGGGGAGGGCGCGUAAUAUUGACAAUGAAUGAGUGGUUCACGCUAUUCUCCUAGUGCGGGUGGGCUGGCCUGCCAGGUCCCAGCAUAUGUUUCCGGCAUCGGAUUUCGGCUGCAGAUUCUUGGUGACGUUCGCAAGUCUCCGAGAUUAUGGUCGACAUGUACACAACCAUGUAGUUUUACAAAGAUGCGAGGACUGAUGCACUUCCGCUGUGCUGGCAUUGGAUGCACCUCGCGGUUUCAGUUUAAACGCCUUUGGGCGUCUGACUGCGUCGGCAUCCCUCGGACACCUGAGCAGCCCGCUUAGGUCCUCAAUUUUCGUUUCGCUUUCUGAGCGUAUCCCUUAGUUUCAGCGCUCUCUUCUCGUUGAAGCAAGCCAGUUAGGUGUUCCUGGAUCGCAGCGCGGGAACAAAAGCGUCACUGAGUCACCUAGAGUCGUUCACCAUGGUUUUGUCAUGCCGUCAUGGCCACAGAUUGUGGAAGAAGGGCAGUUGGAAAGUUGGAAGAGAAGCAUGCGACAUGAGUGGACGUUGAUAGUUGAUAUGGUUGUGGCUGCAGAUUGAAGGACACGGACCGGACCGCCUAAGCAUCGGGAGAUAGUGGGCGGGGAGAGUUAGCAACAUUCUGCAAGCGGAAAAGCAGGUGUGCGAUUACCGUGAGUGUGAAGAGCGGUUCAGGACGUAUAUCAUCGAGGAAGCGCCUUCGGGAAAACAAGAAACAUUCCGUCAGAUUGAGUGUCUCAUCCUCCUUUUUCUCCUCGUCAUCCCUCUCCUCGCUCUUCCUCCUUCUUCUCCUCUUUGUCCUGUCUCUUCCUCCUAGACGGCCCCGUCUUCCUCCUCCUCCUCUUUCCCCUCCUUGGCGACCCAUCGUACUCCAGGCCUCUCGGGCUGCGGCGGCCUUGUUGAGGUCCCUGGACCUCCCAGGGCCAUCGUGCAGCUUGUAUGACAGUACGCUUGGCACUUUUGGACCAUCCCGAGAUAUACUCGAAACGUCGGAGUGAGGACCGCUUUGGUUCUGGCAUCACGAAAGAUCGAUGCUGCCAGCUGUCCGAAGUGUUUGAUGUUUGGAGGCCCGUUUCGGGCCCGUGGCCAUCAAAAAGCGACCUUGGAUGGACCAACAAUUACGGACCAGGAUAGGGACGAGAGGUCCAGGGGUCCACGUCACAAACAAAUCGCGAUAUCAGAGAUCUGGGGGAAGGGGUCCCGGGGUUCCUUUUGUAUUUCCAUUGGCUUCUUCCUGGAAUAUCUUCGGACAUAUGGGCACACUUGGGGCCAGAAAGUGGUUUCGUUAACCGCUAAAGCAUUCCGCCUCCUUCCCUGGAGGCCUCAAGUAUGCUCAAGUGUUUGCGGCUGAUGUGUAGGCAAUGGCGAGGAACCCAGGAACAUUUUUGUUGUCCUUGCUGCCCCUCAUCGACCUCCUCCCGACCUCAUCCUCAUCCUGAUCAUCUGGGCAUUCUCAUCACGGAGCAGUGGCCGUUCUCACCUCAGGCAUUUGCUAACCCAAAGGACAGAGGAGACGGAGGAGGA